GGAAAUGCAUGACUUCUUUUAAGAAAUGAUAAUACAUUUAAUGUGAAUGUCGCACUUAUUACAUAAUUAUCUAGUUGUCAUCUCUUCCCGAUAAUUGGCUAUAAUCUAUUUAAUCAAGAAUAGUAACAAAUAACCAGAUUAUUCAAAUCGAAAGGAGACAAUUAUUUUGCCAAUAGAAAUUUUAUCAAAUAACGGAAAUAUUUGACAAAACAAUAAUCAAUAUUAGAUAGAACUUCGCGCGACUAAUGGCUUCUUUUUAUUGAAAUUCUUGUUUUGUUUGCAUUUGUAUGACACUAAAAGGCUAAAACUAUUUCUCCAUAGUAAAUAUGCUAUUUGUGACAGUUCAUGUUACAAGGUAGCAAAUGAAACAGAAUAUUUCAAAGAUUUCCAAGAUUUAGUAAUGUUAAGGAAAUGUUUGUAGAAGGACUCAUUUGACUGCUGUGCAAAUUUACAAUUUAAUUCAAUCACUGUGGAUAGAAACAUGGAAAACGAAAACGUAAAACAAAUACUGGAGCAAAUAAAAGAUCAGUGUUUACUUAAAGGAGUUGGUGGAAUUAAAGGGCUUACAGUACUUUUUCGUAGAAUGGACAAAGAUUUUUCAAAGCGAUUGUGUUUCAGUGAGUUUUCUCAAGGUAUACAGACUUAUGGUCUCCAUGUAGAAGAAAAAGAUAUAAGUCUUUUGUUUCAAGUUUUUGAUAUAAAUAAAAGUAACGAAAUUGACUUCACUGAAUUCUUAUCUAAACUUCAACCGGCCAUGUCACCCAAGCGUGUUGAAGUAGUCAAUCAGGCGUUUGAACUACUUGACGUAAAUAAUGAUGGGGUCUUGAAACUGGAAGAUCUAAAAGUUGUUUAUUCAAGAAACGCAAAAAAACAUCCAAAGUUUGUUUCUGGAGAAUGGACAGAAGAACAAGUACUACAGCACUUUUUAAAUAGUAUAGAUACUCCCGGUAAUCCAGAUGGCAAGGUGACACGUGAGGAGUUCAUGAACUACUAUGCCGGAGUGAGUUCAACAGUAGAUGAUGAUAGCUACUUCGAUCUCAUGAUGCGGGCAUGUUAUGGCCUGCCGAAUAGUGGUACAUAAGGGGGCAUAUGAAAGGCAACAUAUCAUAAAAUAAAAUUUAAAUUAUUAUAUAUUGUAAUAGACAUACUCUUGCAAGAUGUACCGACGUUUUUGAAUAUAAAGUUUGGAUAAAUGUAAUACAAAAACAACAUUGAUAAUUGUGUAGCAUGUUUAUCAUUUUUGGUUAUGCUUGUUACGUGUUUCUUGUCCGAUUUCAUUCUGCGCAAUUUUGUUGUACUUGAAGGCAACACACAAUGUUACAAGUGUCCGUUGAGAUCAAUUUGGUCCGCGCAAUAUAUAUCACAGCAUUGUGUUUAGAUAUAUAGAUACUAUGCCAUGCUUUAUGCGAUUUUAGGUAUUCUUUUGUAGAUUAAUUAUAUUUAAAGCCACAUGGAUUUUAAGGAAAAAUUGUGAUAUAUUGUUAUACAUAUAAAAUUGAAAACAUUUGAAAACGAGGAAACAGUUCAGUCAUGGCCAUGAAGUCUCGACUAUUUUACGAUACUAUAAAUAAUGCACUGUUAAUGAACAAGUCAUGCCUGCAAAUAUGCUAAAAUUACAAUUAUUUCUCACAUAAUUCUUAUGUAAAAGCAUUUAAAUGUAUGUAUAAUUACGAUUCGUUAUUGUCAUCUUAUUUGUUGUAAGUAUGUAAUUGUUUUCAAAUUGUCAAUGUUCAUAAACUGUGCUUGUUAAAUUAUUUGUAAAUGCUAAACAAUUUGUAAAAUAAAAUUAUUAACAUG